GAGCAUUCAAGUUGCUAAGCUAGAGCAAACAGCGAGCAAGCAGUAUGCAAGCAGCGUGCGAGAAGCGUUCAGAAGAGAUUCAGAGCAUUCGAGUCGCUAAGCUAGAGCAAACAGCGAGCAAGCAGUAUGCAAGCAGCGUGCGAGAAGCGUUCAGAAGAGAUUCAGAGCAUUCGAGUCGCUAAGCUAGAGCAUACAGCGAGCAAGCAGUGCCGAGCAAGCAGUAUGCAAGCAGCGUGCAAGAAGCGUUCAGAAGAGAUUCAGAGCAUUCGAGUCGCUAAGCUAGAGCAAACAGCGAGCAAGCAGUAUGCAAGCAGCGUGCGAGAAGCGUUCAGAAGAGAUUCAGAGCAUUCGAGUCGCUAAGCUAGAGCAAACAGCGAGCAAGCAGUAUGCAAGCAGCGUGCGAGAAGCGUUCAGAAGAGAUUCAGAGCAUUCGAGUCGCUAAGCUAGAGCAAACAGCGAGCAAGCAGUAUGCAAGCAGCGUGCGAGAAGCGUUCAGAAGAGAUUCAGAGCAUUCGAGUCGCUAAGCUAGAGCAAACAGCAAGCAAGCAGUAUGCAAGCAGCGUGCAAGAAGCGUUCAGAAGAGAUUCAGAGCAUUCGAGUCGCUAAGCUAGAGCAAACAGCGAGCAAGCAGUAUGCAAGCAGCGUGCGAGAAGCGUUCAGAAGAGAUUCAGAGCAUUCGAGUUGCUAAGCUAGAGCAAACAGCGAGCAAGC